AUGACAAUUGACCUUGGCCUAACUGCGUCGGCGGCGUCAUCGUCCUCCGGGGGACGACGCGGCGGCGGCGUGGCGAGCCCGUGCACGGCGCUGCCGCCGGGGUUCCGUUUCCACCCAACAGACGAGGAGCUCAUCCUCCACUACCUCCGCAAGCGCGCCGCCGCGGCGGCGUGCCCGGCCCCCGUCAUCGCCGAGGUCGACAUCUACAAGUUCGACCCAUGGGACCUGCCAGCCAAGGCGGUUUUCGGGGAGGCGGAGUGGUACUUCUUCAGCCCGAGAGACCGCAAGUACCCCAACGGCGUCCGCCCCAACCGCGCCGCCGGGUCCGGCUACUGGAAGGCCACCGGCACCGACAAGCCCAUCACGCUCUCCGCCGCCGCCGGCUCUUCGACCGAGAGCAGCGGCCGCGCCAUGAUUGGCGUGAAGAAGGCGCUCGUCUUCUACAAGGGGCGGCCGCCCAAGGGCAUGAAGACGAGCUGGAUCAUGCACGAGUACCGCCUCGCCGAGGCGCUCAACGCCGCCAACACCUACAGGCCCAUGAGGUUCAAGAACGCUUCCAUGAGGCUGGACGACUGGGUGCUGUGCAGGAUCUACAAGAAGACCACACCGCAGCUGGCAUACAUGUCGCCGCCGCACGAGGAGGCGUCGCCGUCCAUGGACGGCGGCGGCUUCGACCUCAGCCUGCAGCUGGACGACUCCGUCUCCGCCGACGACAUCAUGGUGGCCACGUCGUCAUAUGCAAGCCGGCUGCCGCGCCCGGUGUCCAUCUCGGACUACCUCGUCGACUACUCGGCCGUGAACGAGCUGUUCGAGACCCUACCUCCGCCGCCGCCGGAGACGACGACGACGACGCCGCAGCUCGGGACAGACGCAGCGACGAGGUUCUACUUCGGUACCAGCGACCCUGCUGCUAGUGCCUCCUCUGUAGCGCAGCAGCAGAGCCCACUCAAGAGGCGGUCCAUGGAGGAAGGUUACUCAAAUAGUCGCAUGAACGACAUGCUACACGCGUCGUCGAGCAAGAGGGUGAUGAGUGAUCACCGUGCAUCAUCCUCAUCCAUGGCUGUCAACAAUGCCUUCUCCGUGUUUGAGCCCGGACAGACUCCUCUGCAGGACAAAAUAUGA